AUGUUAUCGGAACACGGGAUUACCGCCCCCUCCCGCAGCCCCCCCUCACAAACACACACACCGCAAGCUGCGCUCGGCAGCACAGCGAUCACAGUCAGGAACAGGCCGACAGACGCGUCUCGGAACGCUGUAACCCGCAUAAUAAAGAUACGAACUCUCGUAAUCAAAUCUGUGGAAUUUGUAUCUGAUAAUUACUCCAUAUCGGGGAUAGUGGCUCGCUAUCUCCGCGCGAGGGGAGCGAGGCGAGGUGGUAUGACACGUCGCCGUUCCCUACAAAUAUUUGCCGUGGCGCUGUUUGCUCUGCUUAUCUCACACACGGCACACCCAACGAGCAGGCAACCAGGACACGCACACCAGCGUCACCGCAGCACAUCCUCGGUCCCGGAACCCUAUGCACUGUACUGCGUUACACCUGCUCGACUAGAUACAGUAUCUGUUAGAUACGAUUAUCAAAUCUCUAAGAUAACCGACACAUUAGCGCCUAGUUAA